UUCCGGUGCCUGGUGGACGUGGUGCCGGUGAAGAAUGAGGAUGGAGUUGUCAUCAUGUUCAUCCUCAACUUCGAGGACCUGGCCCAGCUGAUGGCCAAGAGGGGCAGGCGGAGCCUGCACCGGCGGCUGUCGCAGAGCUGGCGUGGAGGUGAAGGUAGGAGUUUGAAGUUUAGUCUCCCGUCCCUGCGGCGACUCAAAACCCAGCGGAAAUCUCUGCCCACCAGUGAGUUUGAUGGAGUAGCCAUUGACUAUGGAAAGCCUGGUGGUGACUCCCUGAUUUUGAGGGACUUGAAGACAUCGUCCAAGGAGAACUGUGUGCAGUCAGAGAUCGAAUCCCUCCUGGAAAAGGAGCGGAGGCCGAGCCUGGAGGCCGAUCCCACCCUACAACACUCGUCCCCGAAACAAGAGCCUCCCUUGCUGGGCCCACGAGGGUCGUUCUCUGCCUGGGGUUUCUUUCGGUCCCGCCCCGGGGGCAGCUUCCACAGCCUCCGCAGGGUCUCCUCCUUGGACAACUUUGAGGCUGCGAGGUCUGAGUUCCAGAGAAAAUUCAGGGAAAGGAGGGCAAACUCAGAGGCUUCCCACGUCAAACUCAACCCUCCAAACUCCACCUCAGACUCAGACCUCAUGAAGUACAGGACCAUCAGCCAGAUCCCUCAGUUCACGCUCAACUUUGUGGAGUUCAACCUCGAGAAGCAUCGCCAGGGCUCCACCACCGAGAUCGAGAUCAUCGCACCCCACAAGGUGGUGGAGCGCACCCAGAACGUCACCGAGAAGGUCACGCAGGUGCUGUCCCUGGGUGCUGAUGUCCUUCCUGAGUACAAGCUGCAGGCACCACGCAUCCACCGAUGGACCAUCCUGCACUACAGUCCCUUCAAGGCCGUGUGGGACUGGCUCAUCCUUCUGCUGGUCAUCUACACAGCCGUCUUCACCCCUUACUCGGCCGCCUUCUUGCUCAACGAGGAGCAGGUGGAGGAGAAGCACUGGGACUGCAGCUACACCUGCGACCCGCUCAACAUCAUUGACCUCAUCGUGGAUAUCAUGUUCAUUGUGGACAUUGUCAUCAACUUCCGCACCACCUACGUCAACAUCAACGACGAGGUGGUGAGCCACCCUGGCAAGAUUGCCAUCCACUACUUCAAGGGAUGGUUCCUCAUUGACAUGGUCGCCGCCAUCCCCUUCGACCUGCUCAUCUUCCGCUCUGGCUCUGAUGAGACCACCACCCUGAUCGGCCUCCUGAAGACCGCCCGGCUGCUGCGCCUGGUCCGGGUGGCCCGGAAGCUGGAUCGUUAUUCCGAGUAUGGAGCAGCUGUGCUCUUCCUGCUCAUGUGCACCUUCGCCCUGAUCGCCCACUGGCUGGCCUGCAUCUGGUACGCCAUCGGCAACGUGGAGAGGCCCUACAUGGAGCACAAGAUUGGCUGGCUGGACAACCUGGGCGACCAGAUCGGCAAGCGCUACAACGACAGCGACCUCUCCUCCGGGCCAUCCAUCAAGGAUAAAUAUGUCACUGCCCUCUACUUCACCUUCAGCAGCCUCACCAGCGUGGGCUUCGGCAACGUCUCGCCCAACACCAACUCUGAGAAGAUCUUCUCCAUCUGUGUGAUGCUUAUUGGCUCUCUGAUGUACGCCAGCAUCUUCGGCAACGUCUCGGCCAUCAUCCAGCGCCUGUACUCGGGCACCGCGCGCUACCACACGCAGAUGCUGCGGGUGAAGGAGUUCAUCCGCUUCCACCAGAUCCCCAACCCCCUGCGCCAGCGCCUGGAGGAGUAUUUCCAGCACGCCUGGUCCUACACCAACGGCAUCGACAUGAACGCGGUGCUGAAGGGUUUCCCUGACUGCCUGCAGGCAGACAUCUGCCUCCACCUCAACCGCACGCUGCUCCAGAACUGCAAGGCCUUCCGAGGAGCCAGCAAAGGCUGCCUUCGUGCCCUGGCCAUGAAGUUCAAGACCACCCAUGCCCCUCCUGGAGACACCUUGGUGCACUAUGGAGAUGUCCUCACCACGCUCUACUUCAUCUCCCGGGGCUCCAUCGAGAUCCUCCGGGAAGACAUUGUGGUGGCCAUCUUAGGGAAGAACGACAUCUUUGGGGAGCCCAUCAGCCUCUACGCCCGCCCAGGGAAGUCCAAUGCCGACGUGAGGGCCCUGACCUACUGUGACUUGCACAAGAUCCAGAGGGAGGACCUGCUGGAAGUCUUGGAUAUGUAUCCAGCCUUCUCUGACAACUUCUGGAGCAACUUAGAGAUCACCUUCAACCUGCGAGAUGUGAGUGGCAGGGCUGUCAGAGGGAGGGAUGUGAUCAGUGCCUUAAAUUUGGCAAGUGGGAGAGCUGAAGGAAGGACACCAACAGGUGCUCCUCACUCACCAACCCAGACACGGGCAUCUCUGCUGCAGAGCAGUAUCACACCUACUCAGAGCUCACCAACCCGCAGGACCCGCUGA